ACCGACGCGCUCCAUUUUGGCUCGUCCUCUUCCUACAGCAAGCGACCACGGAUGUGGGAACCGACUGUAUUGAUUCGUUUUCGUGUUGUUUUGUUUGACCACCUAGAUUCAAACAAAGUGUGGAUAACAGAAAAAUUAUCGCGCGCCACAUUCGUCUAAAGUUCAAGCCGUCUUCGUCUGUGAAAUGGACGGAGAAGAGGACGAGUUCAUGUCCGGGAGUGGGAGCCACUCCGAUGAUGGAGGCGGCACUCCAGUUCAGGAUGAACAUCAGACAUCAGACAUGGAGGACAUGAGUAGCAACAAACACAAUUCUGAGGACGAGGGAAGCAAUGCCGAGGAAGCGUCCUACAGCAAACGUCAGGACGACAGCGACUCUGAAAACGACGCACGUAGAGGCGCCGACAGCGACUCGGAAGCGGAAGCACCCGCUCGCCACGGCAACUACAGCCAGAGGAGUGACUCAGAGACUCCCGUCGACCGUGAAGAUCCUGGAAGCGAUUCAGAGGCAGAACCGCCGCGGCCUGCUGACAGUGACGAUGACGACGACUCGGUGGGCAAACGCAGGCCGAGCGCAUCGGAAGAUGAGGACGGGGCGCCGGUCAAACGGGCCGUCUCGGACGCGGAGGAGGGCGAGGCGUCGUCCCCCAUGGGGCACAGGGAAAGCGGCUCUGACGCAGGCAAAGCGGCGGCCACGGACAGUGACUCUGACAAUGAGGACGGCAAAGUUAAAUCCGCCGCCUACAGUGACUCUGACACGGAGACGCCGGCCGAACGCAAGGCAGUAGUGCCGGACUCCGGCGAUGAGUCUGACACGCGGCAGGGGGACGUUGAAAAAGGGGGCGGAGGCAAAUGGAAGGCCGUAGUGCGCUCGGACAGCGAGGAGGAUGACGAUGGCGAGGGGAGGAAGGGCGGCGGUGACGCCGAGAGAUCUGACGGAGGACCUCGUGAGGUGCAAAAAGCCUCGGACGACAGCGAUGAUGACAAUGAGCAACCAGUGAAGAGAAAGAAGGCCAUCCUCUCAGACAGCGAUGAAGACGAACAGACGGACAAACCAGCGGUUAAGCGGAGUCGCGCCGUCUCCGACGACGACGGCAACUCGGACAGCGACAGCGAGUCGGGCGGAAUCGAUAAGAGCAUGGCAGCUAAGCUUCGAGAGCUGGGUUCAGACAGCAGCAGCGAUGACGAUGAGCGCACCAAGGGUGCGGCGGAGGGCAAGGACGAGAAGGCGCUAUUUGGGAGCGACAGCGACGAUGACCACGAUAACCAAGAGGAGAAAAUGAUCGCAGACAUCUUUGGGGAGUCUGGAGACGAGGAGGAGGAAGAGUUCACGGGUUUCAACCAGGAGGACCUGGAAGGUGAUAAGAAGGAAACCAAAGAGAAACAGCCGGAAAUGGAAGACUCUGACUCUGAUGAGGGAGUCCGCCACGGAGGCCAUGACACCAGCUUCAUGUCGGACUUUGACAUCAUGCUGGCUCGUAAGAAAGCCAUGAGCGGCAAGCGGCGACGCCCCCGAGACGGCGGGACGUUUAUCAGCGAUGCCGACGACGUAGUCAGUGCCAUGAUCACCAAGAUGAAUGAGGCAGCCGAGGAGGACCGAACGCUGAACAGCGCCAAGAAACCAGCACUGAAAAAGCUCACUCUAUUGCCUCAAGUGGUCAUGCACCUGAAAAAGCAGGACCUAAAGGAGACGUUCAUCGACUGUGGCGUCAUGUCGGCUAUCAAAGAGUGGAUCAGCCCACUCCCCGACAAGUCGCUGCCGGCACUCCGGAUCCGAGAGGAGCUACUCAGGGUCCUGCAGGAACUGCCCAGCGUCAGUCAGGAGACGCUGAAACACAGCGGGAUUGGUCGCGCCGUCAUGUUCCUCUACAAGCACCCCAAAGAGUCGCGAUCCAACAAAGACUUGGCCCUCAAGCUCAUCAAUGAGUGGUCGCGGCCCAUCUUCGGCCUGACGUCCAACUACAAAGGAAUGACGAGAGAGGAGCGGCAGCAACGUGACCUGGAUCAACAGAUGCCUCAGCGCAGGCGACUCAGCUCCGGAGGACAAACUCCCCGUCGAGAUCUGGAGAAACAGCUAACGGGAGAGGAGAAAGCACUGCGGCCCGGCGACCCGGGUUUCUGCGCCAGGGCUCGUGUACCGAUGCCCUCCAACAAAGACUACGUCGUUCGCCCCAAAUGGAAUGUGGAGAUGGAGUCCAGUAGGGGACCUAUGAAGAAGGGGAUGUCCCGCGUGGACAAACAGAUGCGUCGCUUCGCCGACAUCCGUCGUCUCACCAAGACGGGACAUGCCGUUAAAAUUAGCGUGGAGGGAAACCGCAUGCCACUCUGAUUUUAAUCUCCAUAGGAUUAUUUUAUUUUGGAAUUUUUUUGGGGGGGAGGGGUGGUUCAUCUCUGCACAAAAGAGACGUUUCACUUUGUUAACAUUUUCAAUUUGCAUCCAUUUAUGUCUCAGUUGUCGCCAUCAUAAAUUCAAAGGCUAUGUAUUCCAAAAGAUUAGUGUCAAAUAGACGUCCAAUCCAUUUUGACCGGGAGAGAUGGGAGCAAAUCAUUUGCAAUGGAUUGGAUGUCUAGCAAUGGCAACGAAUAAGAUAAUGGUGUAUAGGAAACCUGAGUAGGACGUCAGCAGUGAUGUCACAUCCUCUGCUCUCAUCAGGUCUACUAAAUACAUUUUCUAGGGGUUAGUUUUUUUUUUCCCCUCUUUUUUUGUGCACUGCUCUGUUGUUGGUCCAGGAUACUUUUUCUUAAUAAAAAAAAAAAAAAGCACCAAUGCAAACCGUCCACUGUUAUUAUAUUAUGACCUCUUCAUUUCUAGGGAGAUUGAAGAACAUGAACCAGUGUGACGCUGAAAAUUUGUUGUCACGUGAUACAAUGAUGAGCAUUUUAGGCGGGUCGAUAUGACUGCGAGGCUUGACAGGCGGCGAGCAUCACAGCUGCUGAUUGCUGCAAUCUGCAACAAAGAGGUAGAGUCAAUAGCAUUGUUGAAAACGGUGACCGUAGCUAAGGUUGCCAACUGAAGACAACCUAAGGGUGUGGGCUAAGUUUGAGUGAAGCGCAAGUUUUAAAAAAGCAUGUUAAAAUGAUCAUUUGUUUUCUUGCCUUUCUCUGUGUCCUUUAUUUUCACUAUUUGUAUUAUAAGUUUGUUUUCAGUCAAUUUCGUUUGCAUUAAAAAAUACAAAAAAAAUAAAGGGUGACGGUUAUUGGGCCUGUCCGCUCUACCAAUAAUGUGGCCCUCAUUUUUUCAGGGAGUUGGCACCCCUAACCGUGGCAUACAGCAGUGUUUUUCAACCAAUGUCUCACCUAAUUGAUGUAAAAAUAGGCUUGCCAACCAUCCCUUAAAAAUCAGAAUCGUCCCGUAAUCAGAGAAGUACGUGUCCCAUAAUGAGCUUUCAAGGGACACGCUUUGUCCCUUAUUAUCAUGAAAUUUGUACAGUGCCCUCCAUAAUUAUUGGCACCC